ACGUCAAAUUCUCUGAUUGAAACAAAGAUAAAUUGAAUCAAAUUGUGAAUGGGAUUUUGGAUAAUAUUUAACAAAAAAUUAUUUAAUUGUUUCAAAAUGUGUAUAACACCAUUUAUUUUGUAAAUUAGUAAAUAGGACCUAAAUGUAUUGAUUGCAAAAAUGGACUUGGAGACGUGCGACGACGAUAGUUUCUAUGGCAAUUUCGACAGAUUGAUGCCGUCAACGGAUAACUAUACAUUUGAUGAUAUUGAAGAAAUUCUACGUUCUACUGAUUCACAUCUAGAUUCAUCCAUUGACUUGAAUAAUCUUAACACACAUAACGUGCAUGAUUUCGAAUUACCCUUCGAUGUGGACAUUCAUAACUCUUCAUCGCAAGCUGCAUCGACGAAUAAUGAAUUUAAUUUUGCUUUGCCACUAUCCUCCAACGAAUUACAUAGCCCUGAAAUAUGUAACUCCACCUACAAGUCACAGCGCACUUCGUCCAUCUCAUCAAUGGAUGAAGACAGCUUUAACCCAGAUGAGUUCAUCAACCUUCUGAAAAACGAUGACGUAAAGAUGAAUUUCUUUAACGAAAAUGAAUUGAGACAACGUAAUACGCCCUCUCCUACGGAAAGUUGUAGUAGUUCUGGUGGUAGUUCGACGAGUGGAGUACAGAGCGAUGUUUCAUCAAUAGCUUCACAGGCUAAAACUUAUACGCAUGUUAACCCCCCCUUAGAUGGAUUGAAUGGCAUGAAGGAGGAAAUAUGUGAUGAGCAUACCCACACACCUGCUUUAGAUAUAAAAAAAGAGAAUUGCUUUACACCAAUAACAAUGGUAUCACCUCCAGUAGAUCAUCAACCAACUAUUAUAUUACCAGCGAUGAAUACAAACAAUGUAGGCGUUUCAUUACCAUUAAUGGUACCACUGGUUCCGUUGAAUACAACUACCACCAAUUCAGCUACCCUCCAAACAAUUCAGACACUGCAGCCAGGUGCACCUAUUAGUGUGCUAUCGGGAACAAUGCUCCCUGUUAAGACCGUGCCAAUAAAACCUAUAACACAAGUAAUCAGUCAAAACAAAGAGUCAGUACAACCAAAAAUCGAACCGAAAUUGGCCCCCAAAAGAAACAAUGAUAACUCUAACAACGCUGUUAAAACACCCAUUACACCAUCAUUAAAUGCUACAAAAGUUGUUCCUCCCAUAAACGCAAAACCCAAAACUGUGUUCCUAACAUUAAAUGACUAUAAAGCAUUAACGCAAAUAAAUGGUAAAAAUGUUAAGGGUGUUGUCACAAAUUCACCUAAAAUAAUAUUGAAAACCGCUAGUGGAAAAGUUAUUACAGCCAACAAAAUAGUCUCAUCCGGCAACGGUGCGUUAGGCAUGCAUUCUAAUUUCGUACCUAAAAUUGUUAAAACCAACAGUGGACCAGUGUUUAUUAAGCAACCAUCGUCAAAAAUUACCAACUUAGGGGCGAAUACCAACGGAACUUCCAAGCCUUCUUCUACAAGCACCGGUCCUAAGAGUUUAAGCGUUUAUAAAGGUCUCAUUGACGAGAAAAUGUGGAAGAAGCAGCAGCGCAUGAUCAAAAACCGGGAAUCUGCUUCUUUGUCUCGCAAAAAGAAAAAGGAAUACGUGGUUUCUUUAGAAUCACGCAUCAGCGACUUAGAAAAGGAAAACUGUACACUGAAAGGGGAAAAUUCAUCAUUACGUUCCCAAUUGGUCGCUUUGGCACAAUCUUGCCAAUGCAAAAACAGCAACAUAAGUGAAUUCGUUUUAAAUACUUUGGAUAUCAAUGCAAAAGUUAGCGAUCAACAUGUGAAAAUUGCCCCGAAACUAAGUGGAAAAAGUUUAAAGCAGCGAAUGACAGCAACUAACAUUAAAAAGAACAUAGCGAUUCUCUUCGCUCUGGCUUUUAUGGUAUCCUUAAAUGUGGGUAAUUUUCAGAAUUAUAUGAAUAAAAACCACAUUGAAAAUUCAAUUGAGACGGAUGCAACUAAUCCUGAAGAGCCAGCUACAGGCCGACGCCUGUUAUGGGCUGAAACGGAAAAUGAAUAUAAACAGAAGUUAAAUAAUUCAAAGAGGGAAACGAAAAUGGAUGUCCCUCCACUUCAUUUCUUGCAUCCAGUUAAUCGAUCUCGGAGUGCCCUGUCAAGCGAGCAGAAUGUCAAUAUAACAAUUAAAGAGUUACCAAUGACAUCCGCAUCAAAAAAGUGUGCAAACGUUUCAAACUAUACCGAAAAUCAUCGUUUGCAUAGUAAUCUGCACAAAUGGAUUGACGUUAACGACUACUUGAACUUGAGUUUGUAUAAGGAAAAUGGCAAUGGAUAUUUGGACAACUCUUUAAGCUUUAGGAAGUUUUCUCCGGAUUAUUAUGAUAGGAAACCCUUACAACUACCUCUACAAGAGGAUGUUGCGACAAUUAAUAUGAAACGCAAAUUUAUUAUGACACCACCAUUGGUUCAGAGCAAAAAACCCAAAUUGGAGACACCACAGGCAAACGAAAUUGAUGACAACUCGGGAAAUGAUAAGAACUCUUUAGAUAUUUUCAAGCCCAAAAUUAGUGAGGAAUACCUACGUUUGUUUAAAGGCAUAAAAAGGCAAGACGAUACAUUCUAUGUCCUAUCAUUUAACAUGGAUCAUAUAUUGUUGCCGGCUUCAGCUUAUAACAAGAGUGCACGUCCGAAAAUGUCACUAAUGUUGCCUGCAGGUGACCCAUCAGUGAAUGGCGAUAUAUUGUUAAUGCAAAUCGAUUGUGAAGUAGUUAAUACGACUGAGUUGGAGUUGAAAUCAUUUAUGAUACCGGAGAAACUUCGCCCACAAAAAUUUGCGAAUAGCAAUUAUAAUCCAACUCCUAAUCCAAAUGACAUGGUAAAUAACGAGACUCGCUCAAGGGAGGAAAAGCGAAAGCCCAAAGCAACAAUGCCGGAGAUGCCCAAGCAAAAGUCGCCACCGAAAACAUAUUACAUGAUGGGGCCCCGAUCGGCUGCUGCUGCGGCGGCUAUGAAAAAGAAGCCUACACUUGUGAGGCUAGGCAGCAAUGAAAGCAUUGAAAGUAUUGUUGAGAAAGCUGACACAAACUCAACGAUUUUCUCGACAAGAAAUCAACAUUAAUUUUUUAGUUAUAAGUAUACAUUUUUGUCAAAUAUUAAAACUAACCGAAAGUUUAAUGAUCGUAAAUAUUUAAUAUUUAAGUGUCAGUAUAUACUUUGCUCAAGAUGCAUACGUUUUCAGCAUUUAAAAAAUGUGUGUACACCUGUGCGUACAUACUUUCAUUUACACUUUGCAAUUUCAUUAUUUUAUAUUGAUGUAAAUAUACUUAAAUGAUUUGUUCAAAAUACAUUAAUAAACAUAUUGUAGGUUUAGUAAUUUUUUUUGUAUUAUAUAUAUAAGUCAUUCGAAAUCUGUUCAUAAUGAAAUCUGCAAUUCGGUUUGUGCCGUUCUUUAAGUUUGUUGUAAUGUAUUGCUUGCAUCAUAUUUGCCCUCUUCGAUUUGCUUUUUUAACUCUUAGCGUAAUUGUGUGCAAUAGCUAAAUAAAAAUGUAACUUUAGAAUAUACCAUAUGUUGUAUUUGUAAUGAAAAUCAAUUAUAAACUUUGAUUCAAUAAAUACCACCUUUUUUAAAAUAACA